AUGCCUUUGAACUACACGGAUACCAAGGCCUAUAGGGCUGAUGAGAAAGUCCAACAUGGCCAAUUGACAGAUCGCCAAAAACGCCAUAUCAUAAAGAACAGCCUGCCAGCACCGGCCGAGAAUCGACAACCGACCUCCACGCUCAGCGCGAAGCCCGAGAGAAGGUCGCGGCUGGGCAUUCGCAAGUUCACGAUGCACCAGAUCCACGUCCUCAUCUUCGCUUGCAUGCACGGCCUGUUUUCUCUCUACAUCCGCAUCCGCCAGGUCAUCAAUGUCGUGAGCUAUCAGCUCUCCUCGGUGCUCUACUACCACCACGCCACGCCCCAAUACAUCCAGAAGGAUGUCUCCCGGCUCAACAAGCUGCCGAAGCACUUGAGCGCCAUCUUGAAGUCGGACAACAGGCGGGCGGCGGUGGACUUGGACCGCCUGGUUGACGAGACGGCCGAGCUGGCGACAUGGUGCGCCUGUGCCGAGAUUCCUCAGCUGUCGGUGUACGAGAAGACAGGUCUGCUGAAGAAGCACAUGCCCAGGGUGUACGAGGCUGUCACCCAGAAACUUGCAUUCUACUACGGCGGUGACCACCCGUCGCUGUCGGUGACGUCGCCUCACCGAGACUCGUACUCGUCGCCUUCUCUGGACAACAGCCUGGGUCACCUGAAGCUGCACCUCAUCUCGGAGCAGGACGGCAGGGAAUCCGUCGUCGAUCUGACGCGCACGCUCGCCGAGAUGUCACAAAAAGGGAAACUGUCGCCCAAGGACAUCUCCAUGGAGCUCAUCGACAAUGAGCUGUCAGAGGGUAUCAUGGCGGAGCCUGACCUGCUCAUUCUGUUCGGCCCCACCGUACAGCUCUCGAGCUACCCCCCCUGGCAAAUUCGUCUGACGGAGAUCUUCUGCCUCAAGGACAACGAGACCUUUGGCUACCAAGUGUUCCUCAAGGCGCUGCGCAACUAUGCCAGUGCGCAAAUGCGUCGCGGAAAAUGA